AGUUUGACCUUGUCUGUGUCAAUGCGUGGAUGCUGGACCUCACCCAAGCCAUCCUGAACCUUGGCUUCCUGGCUGGAGCGUUCACCCUGGGCUACGCGGCGGACAGGUACGGUAGAAGAGUCACUUACUUAAUAUCCUGCCUCGGCGUUGGCAUCACCGGUGUGGUGGUGGCGUUUGCACCAAACUUCCCUGUGUUUGCGGUCUUCCGCUUCCUGCAGGGUGUGUUUGGAAAGGGGACGUGGAUGACCUGCUACGUGAUUGUGACCGAAAUAGUAGGAUCCAAGCAGAGGAGGAUUGUGGGAAUCGUGAUUCAAAUGUUCUUCACCCUCGGAAUCAUAAUCCUCCCUGGAAUCGCCUACUUCAUCCCCAGCUGGCAGGGGAUCCAGCUGGCCGUAACACUGCCCAACUUCCUCUUCCUCCUGUACUACUGGGUGGUUCCCGAGUCUCCCCGCUGGCUGAUCACUCGGAAGGAAGGAGAUGAAGCCUUGAAGAUUCUCAGGAAGAUUGCUAAAUGCAACGGGAAGUACCUCUCGCCCAAUUACUCGGAGAUCACUGUUACAGAUGAGGAGGUUAGUAAUCCGUCCUUUUUAGAUCUGGUGAGAACUCCCCAAAUGAGGAAGUGCACCCUUAUACUUAUGUUUGCUUGGUUCACCAGUGCGGUGGUGUACCAAGGACUUGUCAUGCGCCUGGGGAUCAUUGGAGGCAACCUCUAUAUAGACUUCUUCAUCUCCGGAGUGGUGGAGCUGCCGGGAGCGCUCCUGAUCUUGCUGACCAUUGAGCGCCUUGGACGUCGCCUCCCCUUUGCGGCCAGCAAUAUGAUGGCAGGGGUGGCGUGCCUGGUCACUGCGUUCUUACCAGAAGGGGUACCGUGGUUGAGGACCACAGUCGCUACCCUGGGAAGACUAGGCAUAACCAUGGCCUUUGAAAUCGUCUAUUUGGUAAAUUCAGAACUGUACCCAACAACAUUACGAAACUUUGGGGUCUCGCUGUGUUCGGGUUUGUGUGAUUUUGGGGGCAUCAUUGCCCCUUUCCUCCUCUUCCGGCUGGCGGCCGUGUGGCUGGAGCUCCCGCUGAUCAUCUUUGGUGUCCUGGCGUCUGUCUGUGGUGGCCUCGUGAUGCUUCUGCCGGAAACCAAGGGAAUAGCCCUGCCAGAGACAGUGGACGACGUAGAAAACCUUGGCAGCCCACACUCCUUCCGGUGUCGCCGGAAAAAGAAAAGCCCGGUGUGCAGCUCUCACCUUUGAGGCCCCGGCCGGGGGACACCGCUGUCCCUGAGAAGCCACCGUGCCCCGCCCGAUUCUCCUGACAGCUCCAUCGAGAGUGCAGGAUGUGCGAACGUGGACCUGGGAAAGCUGCACCUGCGUGUGUUCAUUAACUCUGCUCAGAGGACAAAGCCCCCGAGCGCGGCGUUGUACAGACUCCCCGGGGGAUGGGGCCUGUUCGCCAGUGGCUCAGCUGUGGACCGGAGCCUGGGCUGCUCUGCCUCGGGUUCCUGAACUCCAGGACACCCAGCCGCCCUGCACAGCACUCCCCGGCGGUGUUGGGUUCCGGGCACAGUUGGCGUCCUGGUCUACCAGUGAGGACAGACCUGCGGUGCCAUCGGAGGACCUGGCUCUGCUAUAUAUGCUCGGGUUUUGACCCUGGGAUUCUGUGGGACACGUUUGGUCCUCCUUUUGUGGACACAUAGAGCCACAGGUGCAGUUUGGGUUUUUUUAUGCUCAACAACAACAACAACAAAACCCACGGAUUAGGCUUUCGCGGGCCACAGGAUUUUCACAGUAAAGGGAUAUUUACCUUACACUCGUGAGUUCAGUGCCCAUGGUCAAGAGUGAGAAGCAUGGCCGCUUCUCACCCAGUCUUGGUGCUUUUGAGUCAUUUAGGGGAAAAGCUGACAUCUUAAUUUAAAAGAAAGGUCCAUUAAAUCAUUAAAUCCACGCUCGCAAGAAACAGUGGCUUUGUAGUGGAUUCACGGAGCUAAGAAGGGGGUGGAGCUUGUUGUAGUUAAGGCUUUGGAGACGGAGCUGAAACCCGAGGGCCAGGUUCUCCUUUGCUGCACCUGCUGUGUUUUCAGACUCUGUAUCCUACACCAACUUUUGAAUGAGAUGCUUCGUGGACAGGCAAAGUGGGGGCAACAGCGCCUUUGGCCAAGAAGGCAGAAGGUGUCCACAUGGAGAGCCAGGGAGCACCCCCACGCUGCGGGUUCUAGCUGUAGACAAGCUCCCGGGUUCUUGGAACACCCGGAAGUCGGAUACAGCUCGCGGAGGCGUGACAGCCCUGCCUUCGCGGACUCUUGCAUUUCUGCUUCUCUCUGCAUUUCUUUGCUGUAAGAUCACUUUGCUCAUUGCCACUGUCACCUGGAAACUGUAUUUGGAGUUGAUAUUUUUUUUGGGUAACAAUAAAUCAUUUUAAAUUGUUAAGAAAA